GCGUGACAUGCGCACACUAUUUGCGUCAAUAGGACAGUAUUUAGAAUCAGGAUCGGGGAAUACUGUCACAACCAUUUCCACGCGUCGCGUCCCCAUGUCCGUGAUCUGCAUUGGGCCCGUGUGCAUCCCGAUCUACUCGCUGCUGCCGUUCUUGCUGCUCUUCCUGCAGCGCUGCUGGGGCUGGCUCACCGGGAAGGCCAAGGUUGAGGACGAUGCUUCCGCGACCGAGGGCGCGACCACCGCCGACGGAUCGUCGACGCUGCGUCAGCGCAAGGGCGGGCCGACCAACGUGAUCACUAUGACCUCCACGGCGCACUGGAAGGAGCACUUGGCCAUGACGUCCGAGCGCCCGCUCAUUGUCGACUUUACGGCCACGUGGUGUGGCCCAUGCAAGAAGAUUGCUCCGUUUUUUGCCGAGCUCAGCGGACGCUACCCGCGUGGUAUCUUUGUCAAGGUCGACGUCGACGAGCUCGACGACGUCAUGAGCAGCUGCGGCGUCCGCGCCAUGCCCACCUUCCAAGUCUACAAGUACCAGAAGAAGGCCGACGAGCUUGUCGGUGCCAACCCGGCAGAGCUCGAGCGCCUCGUCGCCCGCCACUGCAGCUAAUCGACGUGACUGCUGCAGUCUUCGCACGAAGCCACGUAUAUACUAUGGCUUUGAUAUCACCAACUCAAUAAGUUGUCUACUGGCGAGACACGAGAAUAAGAAAAGAUAAGACUUGCAACUGCAA